AGUUUAACGUGCCUUUCUCUCUCUGUUCUCCGGCUGGCUCCUGCAGCCCUCAAGCUGGAUUUGGAGGAGAAGCUGUUUGGGCAGCAUCUGGCCGCGGAGGUGAUUCUCAAGGCGCUGACUGGCUUCAGGAGCAACGACAAUCCCAAGAAACCACUGACUCUCUCCUUGCACGGCUCGGCUGGCACCGGCAAGAAUUUUGUGAGCCAAAUUGUGGCUGAAAAUCUUCAUGCAAAAGGCCUGAAGAGUAACUUUGUCCACCUGUUUGUGUCGACUCUGCACUUCCCUCACGAGCAGCACAUAAAGCUGUACCAGGCAAGGGACCCUGCUAUCCGUCCACCCGCCUCUCGUCUGGCCGCCUGUUUUCUCACUCCAGCCUCUGCUGCUUCUCUGCCCGCUGCAGUAGGCCCAGGCCCUGCUGAGUUAAGGACACUCACACCUUAACGCUUGG